AUGGUGGACUCAGAUAACGAGUCCGGUGGACCGAACAACGCGGCGGGGAGCGGCGGCGAGUUCUCGUCGCCUCGGGAGCAAGACCGCUUCCUGCCGAUCGCUAACGUGAGCAGGAUCAUGAAGAAGGCCCUCCCCGCCAACGCCAAGAUCUCCAAGGACGCCAAGGAGACGGUGCAGGAGUGCGUCUCGGAGUUCAUCAGCUUCGUCACCGGGGAGGCCUCCGACAAGUGCCAGCGGGAGAAGCGCAAGACCAUCAACGGCGAUGACCUCCUCUGGGCCAUGACCACCCUCGGCUUCGAGGACUACGUCGAGCCCCUCAAGGUCUACCUGCAGCGGUUCCGGGAGAUGGAAGGCGAGAAGAUGGGGGCCUCGUCGGGCUCGCACAAGGAAGCCGGCGGCGCCGGUGUGGGGAUGUACGGCGGCGGCGGUGGGAUGUACGGUUCCCCGACUUCGGCCACGUCGUAUCACCAUCAGAUGUCGAUGGGGGGAAAGGGCAGCUCAGCCGGCGGCGCCGGUGGGAGCUCUUCGGCAGGGCUUGGAAGGCAAGGCAGGGUAUGAUCCAUUCCUCUCUCUAUCUCUCUCUCUGCAACAACUCGUUCCAGUUCUUGCCUUCAGCAGCCUCUGUGUUGAGUACAGUGUUCCUCUUGAGAGCACAAUUGAAGGGUAAUAGCUGUAUAAUACCUGGAAUUAUGAUUGGAUAUGCAUAGACUUAUACUUGAUAA